AAAGAUGGGGGGGAGGGGGAGAGAAUAAACUUGGCUGUGGAGAACGAGAGAAACAAACAGCUGCUGCUGCUACAGCUGCUUGCUUCAUUCGGCAGCGUGUUUCACAAGCCGAGAGUGGCCAGAAGGACAAAGGGCAGCGAGAAGUGUCUCCUCAUGGCAGGGCCUGCUACUGCACCUGCCAGCAAAGUUGUUAGGCUUUUGGAUAGAAAUGCCUUUUCUGUUAUGCAGAUGACUAAAGCAGCACGUUGGCAGGUUAACAGAAGAUUGUGUGCCAGACCUCAAGGAGACAGUGCUCUGAAGCCGAGCAAUGGGCCUUCGGGCCCCUCCUCCGGAGUGCCAGGGCACAAGCCCUCCAACUGGGACAAGAAGAUCUUGGUAUGGACGGGCCGUUUCAAGAAAGCAGAAGAUAUACCAGAAACCCUGUCGUUCAAAGCAAUUGAUAACGCACGGAGCAAGAUCCGGGUGCAGAUGGCCUACCUGAUGAUUGCCUUCACCGCCGUGGGCUGCCUGGUCAUGGUCAUUUUGGGAAAACAGGCUGUUGCAAGAAAUGAAUCCCUCACGAGCCUGAACUUGGAGAAAAAAGCUCGCCUGAGAGAAGAGGCCCAGAGCACCCUGGCCAAGCCCUAACCAAGAAUGCUGGGGUGCAAAUUGUAGCUUCUUGGAUUUCAGAAACAGAAAAUAAAAUUACUGCUACUGCUGUA